AUGGAGAUAAGUGUAUUUGUCUUGCUGGCCAUCUUUACUGAGACACUGGCAGGCUCGUGUACCCCAAAUAAAGCAGAUGUCAUUCUUGUGUUCUGCUAUCCUAAAACCAUCAUCACAAAAAUACCAGAGUGUCCCUAUGGAUGGGAAGUGCACCAGCUGGCUCUUGGAGGGGUUUGUUACAAUGGGGUCCAUGAGGCAGGUUACUACCAGUUCAUAAUCCCUGACCUGUCACCUAAAAACAAGUCCUAUUGUGGAACGCAGUCUGAGUACAAGCCCCCUAUCUACCAUUUCUUCAGCCACAUUGUUUCCAACGACAGCACAGUCAUUGUGAAGAGCCAACCAGUGAAUUACUCCUUCUCUUGUACGUACCAUUCAACCUACUUGGUUAACCAGGCUGCCUUUGAUCAGAGUCCUUAUGCAAAACUCUCUCCCCUUUCCAGAGUGGCCACAGUACAUGUCAAGAAUGGGAGCAUGGGCUCCUUUGAAAGCCAGUUGUCUCUGAACUUCUAUACUAAUGCCAAGUUCUCCACUAAGAGAGAAGCUCCCUUUGUGUUGGAAACCUCAGAAAUUGGAUCAGAUUUGUUUGCAGGUGUGGAAGCCAAAGGGUUAAGUAUUAGGUUUAAGGUAGUCCUGAAUAGUUGCUGGGCCACACCAUCAGCAGACUUCAUGUAUCCCAUGCAAUGGCAGCUAAUUGGUAAAGGAUGUCCCACUGAUGAAACUGUUUUGGUGCAUGAAAACGGCAAGGACCACAGGGCAACUUUUCAGUUCAAUGCUUUCCGCUUCCAGAAUGUACCUAAACUGUCCAAGGUUUGGCUGCACUGUGAGACAUUCAUCUGUGACAGUGAAAAGUUUUCCUGCCCAGUGACCUGUGAUAAACGGAAGCGCUUCCAUGAAGAGACUGGAGGGGUGUUAGUUGUGGAAUUUUCCAUCCGUAGCCGAGGCUUCUCCAAUCAUUAUACUUUCUCAGAGAUUCUCUAUCACCUGGUCUUCAUGCUUGGCUUCUGCGCUGUGAUAGGAGACCAUACGGCAGCUGUGGCCCCUUGA